AUGGAAACAUUACAUGAUGUGGGACGACUGCCCUGUCUGCCGCACGGAAUCAACGACCGCCUUAUGAGCCUCCGUCUGCCUCUCCGGGGUGGAGGCAAAUUCGCCACCAUCAUCAGCGCCUACGCUCCACCGAUGACCAGCCCCGAUUCCGCGAGAGACAAAUUCUACGAGGACCUGCACGCCCUCUUGGCGACUGUGUCGAAGGUGGACAAGUUGAUUGUCCUUGGCGACUUCAACGCCCGCGCCGGCACAGACCAUACUGCGUGGAGAGGAGUGCUGGGCCCCCACGGUCUCCGCGGCUCCAACGACAACGGCCUGCUUCUCCUCCGCACCUGCGCAGAACACCGCCUCAUCCUGACGAACACGUUCUUCUGUCUGCCGGAGCGAGAGAAGGCCACCUGGAGGCAUCCUCGGUCGCGUCAGUGGCACCUGCUGGACUAUGUCCUCGUCCGGAGGCGAGAUCAGCGGGACUUGCUGGUGACGAAGGCGAUCGCGGGUGCUGACGGGUGGACCGACCAUCGCCUCGUCAUUUCGAAGAUGCGUAAUCGCCUACAGCCUUGCAGAAGACCACAAGGUAAGCGACCCCCAGGUAAGCUGAAUGUUGCCAUGUUGUCUUUGCCUGCUCACCGUCUCCAUUUCAGCAACGAGAUAGCUCAACGGCUAGACAACCUUCCUAUCGCUGCCGCCGCAGACGCCCCUGAUGCCGAGAACGCCUCCGUGGAGAACCGCUGGUGUCAACUGCGAGAAACGGUCCAGUCAACGGCGCUCGCCGUCCUCGGUCGCGCUCCCCGCCAACACAAGGACUGGUUCGACGAAAACGACGCCGCCAUCAGCAAUCUGCUUGCCGAGAAGAACCGCCUACACAAGGCCUACGUAGAUCACCCCACUGAGGACAACAAAGCUGCCUUCUACCGCAGUCGCCGACAGCUCCAGCAACGACUGCGCGAGAUGCAGGACGCCUGGACUGCUCGCAAAGCUGAGGAGAUCCAAGGGUACGCGGACCGGAACGAAUGGAAGAACUUCUUCUCCGCGAUCAAAGCUGUCUACGGUCCGCCGACGAAGGGCACUGCUCCUCUCCUCAGCGCCGACGGCAGCACUCUCCUGACUGAGAAGACGCAAAUCCUACAGCGAUGGGCCGAACACUUCCGAGGCGUCCUCAACCGCCCUUCCGUCAUCUCCGACGCCGCCAUCGCCCGCUUGCCGCAAGUGGCGACCAACGUGGACCUCGACCUCCCGCCAUCUCUCCAGGAAACGAUCAGGGCCGUGCAGCAGCUCUCCAGCGGGAAAGCACCCGGAUCGGACGCAAUCCCUGCUGAGGCCUACAAGCACGGAGGUCCCCAACUCAUGGAUCACCUGACUGCGCUCUUCCAGGAGAUGUGA